CAGGGGCGUCUCUUAAUGGAUGAGGACUGUAGGAUUGCCAACGAUAGUGAGGGUGGUCAGAGCUCCCUCUCGUUUCCUCUCUUCCAUGCCCCGCGCAUUCUUGCCUCGACGCCGUGCUAAAGCUUGCGCCGGCUUACAUGCCUGUGGGUGAGCUGCUAGGGAAUAGAAUCGACGCAAGGGUUGUUCCCUUCCUGCUAUUUUCCUCGUGCCUAUCAUUCGCCCGUUUAAGCAUACUAUUGCUUUCUCAGUUGGUUAUAGUAGCUUGCUUCGUUGUGCCGCUCUCUUGCUUAGAAAAAAAAGGGCACUACAAAUGCGCUGUUCUCCUUGAAGUGUUUAAAGAUGAAAGUCGGUCAGCUGCCUUGGUUAAGAUAAGUCUAUUAAAUAGCAAGCUGCGUAUUACUAAUUAUUAUCCCCGCUCCGCGACUGAGUUAUAUUUUACAUAUAGCUUAAUCUCCUCUUACUGCAUCGGGGACGAACACCUAUCUACCCAAUCCUGAAUAUUACUCUUGAAUAUAAACCAUAUAAAGCUCUAUACAUCCUUUAUUUAAUCCAGCAGCCCCUUGCGUAGCUUGCGUAAUUCUUCUGCUGGUCGCAGCUUCGACUUACCAACCCGCGGCAUCAGUCGCUUACCCUGUACCUCAACCAAUCUAACAGUAUUUAAUAUCUGGUUAUUUAUUAUUUUAUAUUUUGCUAACGUACAUUAAUAGCGAUGAAUUAG